AUGAAGAAGAUCACCAACUUCACCACUGUGAUAUUGUGUAUAAGACACCCACCACCGGUUGAUUUUGAAUGCCCCAAGACACAUGAACAUCAACUUCAUCUUGUUCCAAGGCUCAUUGACUUCACUUGCAAUGCUUGUGGGACCCAAGGUAGUCGAAGCCCCUAUUUCUGUCUUCAAUGUAAUUUCAUGAUCCACAGGGAAUGUAUUGAUUUACCACGCGUCAUAAACAUCAACCGCCAUGAUCACCGCAUCUCUUACACUAGUCGUCUUGGACAUGGAGAGUGGAAAUGCAGAGUUUGCCGUAAAAAAGUAGAUUGGUUCUACGGGGCUUACACUUGCCCAAAAUGUCCUACUUUUGCUGUUCAUGUAAGAUGUGCCACGAGAACAGAUGUAUGGGACAUGGUCGAACGAGAAGGGACACCAGAAUAA